AUGAAGAUCAACUUUAGGACGAGACUUUCCUCGAGAGGACAUCGAUGUUAAUGAUCCGUGUUUAAAGUUCUUUCUUUCUUUUUUUCUCUUUUUUUUUUUUUUUUUUUUUUUUUAGUUUUGUUUCUUUUCUUUAAUCGCGGCGAGAACGUGUGGAAUACGCUAGAAAGAAAUAUUCUUAACAGGUGGACGACAAAGAACUGUCCGGAGCGGAAGAGGAGAAAGAAGUGGAGAAAGCUCUGUUGAAGCCACUGUUGUCCUUGGAGGACCUCGUCAGGUUUUCCGCCCUCGAAGGAAGCGGCGGUGAUUCCUUAAGAACAUUGCUACAGCGAGGACACGAGACGGGAGCCGAGUGGCCAGGACUCGAACACGCCAACAUCGGUCCGUAUAUUCAAAAGAUGCUUGCAGCCGCUGCGCCAUUUAAAGCAGCAGCAGCAGCAGCAGCAUCAGCAGCAUCAGCAGCAACGUGGCCCGAUAACGAACGACGAUUUCAAUCCGAAUAUCGAGGAGGAGGCGAGCGACAGUGCUCAGGGCAGAGCGAUUCUCAAAAUUCCGUCCUACAAGCCGGCGAGCACGCCCGGAUGUUCAAGCAAAAACGGCGAGCCAACGUCGGCCGCGUUCGCGCAGGGAUUCGCAGCGGCGACCGCAGCCUCGAGUCCAGGACUUCUGGAACGGGCGAGCCCCGCGUUCUCCGGCACCAGCAGCCCGACCAAUUCCCUGGUAGGGAAAACCGUGGCCGUGAACUUCCGCGACGUGAUCGCGAAAAGCAUCAGCGUAAAAUUUCAAGAGGGUCAGACGGUGGCGACCGCUGGAAUGCCCGGAUGCCAGCCGAGCGGGGUGGUGCAGUCGCAGCAGACGAUAAUGGCGGACCCGAGCCCGUUCAAACGAGGUAGAUACACGCCGCCUCAACCUGCGACGCAACAAGCUCAGACGCAGGCGAAACCGCAGACUCAGGAGGCGAACAAACCGAAGCCAGCUACCGGUGGCAAAGGAACCAGACCGAAACGCGGCAAGUACAGGAACUACGACAGGGACAGUUUGGUCGAGGCUGUGCGCGCUGUCCAGCGGGGCGAAAUGAGCGUGCAUCGCGCAGGCAGCUACUACGGAGUGCCACACUCCACUCUCGAGUACAAAGUUAAAGAGCGGCACCUGAUGAGGCCAAGGAAGAGGGACCAGAAGCAGUCGGACGACAAGACGAAGGAGACUUCGGCGGUGACAGCGGCGGCAGCGGCCGCGAACAUACGACCAGGCACGGCGGACAAGAAGCCACAGUUAAAACCACAGAAACCGUUCACGUCACCGGGCGGUAUGCCAGGGCCCAACGGAAUCAAAAUGCCGCCGUUCAUCGAGGGUAUGCCUCAUUUGCCGUUCACGCCGUUCAAUUUCUGGAGUCCGCCGCCGUUCAUGCCAUCGCCGUUCAUGGCGGGUGCACCGAACGUUCCAACGAUUCUGCCGGAGCAAUACUUCGCCACGAACAGAGACGGGAUAGGCGUGGCUGCUGCGACGGCCGAAUCACCGGGAACCUCGAAUUCUCGUGGCACGCCGAUGAGCAAAGCGCCGCGGGAGGUAUCGGAGAGCCUGUACGACGGUUCGGGGGCGAACGGCAGUUUCUUGGACAAUUUGAUCAGGUCGAGUCUCGAAACGGGAAUUCCAAGGGACCAGAGGGCGAUGACCGACGCGAGGAACCAGCAACAGUCGUCCUCGCAGCAACAACUCCCGGAAUCGAUGAGGAGCAAAGCGUUGAUCGAUCAACUGUGCAGAAACUCGAGGAGGACGCCGGUACCGAGGCUGGCUCAGGACAGCAGCGAGGACGAGAGCUACAGGGGACCAUCGGCGACCGGGAGGCCGAUACCGGACAGGCCGGAACGCGUGCCCACCGUUGACCUUAGCCCGUCACCGUCGGAACGCGGUCGCAACGACGACGGAAGUGAUCGCCUCACGUCGCCUCCGACGCCUCUCUCGAUCUCGAGGGCCGGAAGCAGAGACGAGGACAGUACCCGAGAUUCGAGGAUAGACCGCAGCAGCAGGGAACGGGAGCCGCAGCCGCAGCCGCAGCAGCAGCAGCAACUGAAUCACUACCCGGACUUACACAAUCUUUACGCCGUAUCAACUGAGAAAAAAAGUGCCUGUGAUAGUAAGCUUAUAGUAGAUCAUUCGAGCCAGAAGAGUCAACAGCAGCAGCAACAGCAACAGCAACAGCCGUCGCAGCAGCAGCAACAGCAGCAGCCGUCGCAACAGCAACAAAAGGAGUACGGUGCAGUGAGCGGACUGGUUGUACAGCUGCAACGGAGCUACAGCACCGGGAACAGCAGGUCCAGCGAGCAGACCCAGCAACCGGCGGAGCAACGCGGACCGGUCAUCAGCAUGGAAGACUCCGUGGAGCAGUAG